AUGGACGAUGAUGAAUUCGAUCAAGUACCUCAAAUUCUAUUCGAAAAUGUUACAUCCCUCAGUAAAAUAGGCACUCCUGGAACUCUUAUUCCGAUGACGCAGGAUACACGUGCUGUACUGUGUGGUGAUGAUUCUAAUAAUGUCCUCGUUGUUGCUACUCGAUUCCGUAAUGGUCGAUGUUUAGUAUUUGCACACAAUGGUUAUCCUGCUAUUUUUCUUAAUAAUGACACAAAAAAUCAGCAUUUUGUCGACAAUUGUCGUCGAUGGUUAUCUCAAGGAAAAGAUGCACAAUUCGAAUCAAUCGAUUCGAUAGAAUCGAUGGACAGUGUCAAAGAAAAAGGAACAAUUCUUGUUUGGAAUGGACAUAAUAAUAAAAGCGAUCCGUUCAUGGACGAUUUGCGUGGAUUUUUACAAGAAGGUGGAGCUCUGGUUUGUGCAGCAACUGCCUGGGGUUGGCUACAGAGAUAUAAGGGCAAAGUUCUUUCAGAUUUCCCAUUUGCUUGUUUUUGUGAUUCUCUUGGUGUCAAACUGACCGAUAAUUGUGGUCGUUCUCCCGAUCCAAUUCCGUUUCGGCCUGAAAUGAUCAAAUUCAAAAAUGUUUGUAAUGCUGCUCAGCAUUAUUUUAUGUUAUUUUAUUUUAAAUAUGAAUAUUCUAAUAUUUUUAAAUUAAAGAAUAUAUUUAAAUUAAACAAAGUUAAUUUAAUUGCUAGUUGA